AAUAGGAUUAUACGGGAAGUUGGUAGACGUUUAGGAAUUCCCGUUCAUGUAUUUGGUCCCGAGACACAUAUGACAGCUAUAUGUGCUAUGGCACUAGGAACGAAACCAAUUCCCGAUCCAGAAGCUCAAGAAUUUUCAACUGCGAAUUUUCUCUUACCUUCCGGACAAGAUGUCGGACCACCGUGCACACCGUCCAAGAAUAACGUACAUUCGUUAUCGGAGCAGUCUAAUUUGAAAACUACAGAUGCAGUAGAUUCAAGUAACGACGGUAGACAACUUUUCAGCAAUAAAACGAGAUCUAUUAUUUGGGGUAUGCAAACAAGAGCGGUCCAGAGUAUGCUGGAUUUUGAUUUUGUUUGUCGAAGAUCCGAACCAUCCGUCGCUGCUAUUGUUUAUCCUUUCACUGGUGAUCACAAACAAAAGUUUUACUGGGGUCAUAAAGAGGUUCUUAUUCCUGUUUAUAAACAAAUGAAAGAUGCUAUGGCUAAACAUAAGGACGCAGACGUAAUGAUUACGUUUGCCUCUCUAAGAUCUGCUUACGAAAGCACCAUGGAAACGCUACAAUUUCCGCAAAUCAGAACGAUUGCCAUAAUUGCGGAAGGUAUACCUGAAAAUAUGACUAGAAAAUUGAUUCUAUCGGCGCAACUGAGGAAUGUGACUAUAAUUGGACCGGCAACUGUGGGAGGUGUAAAGCCAGGUUGUUUUAAAAUCGGUAAUACCGGCGGAAUGAUGGAUAAUAUUUUGCACAGCAAAUUAUAUAGACCUGGCAGUGUCGCUUACGUUUCUCGUUCCGGUGGCAUGUCAAACGAAUUAAAUAAUAUAAUCUCCAAAGCUUCUAACGGCGUAUUAGAGGGUGUUGCCAUCGGUGGAGAUCGUUAUCCAGGAACUACUUUUAUGGAUCACAUAAUGCGUUAUCAAAAAAAUCCCGAUGCGAAACUAAUUGUAUUGCUCGGAGAAGUCGGUGGUGUCGAAGAAUAUGAAGUAUGCGAAGCAUUAAAAACAGACAGAAUAACAAAGCCAUUGAUAGCUUGGUGCAUUGGUACCUGCGCCAGUAUGUUCAAUUCUGAGGUGCAAUUUGGUCAUGCUGGCUCGAUCGCAAACUCCAAUCUUGAAACGGCUUCUGCAAAAAAUUCAGCAUUGAAGGCUGCUGGUGCAUAUGUCCCAAACAGUUUCGAUAAUCUUGGUGAUCUUAUACAAAAUGUUUAUGAACAAUUGGUAAAGGAUGGCACAAUAGUGCCGGAACCCGAAGUUCCUGUGCCAACAGUACCAAUGGAUUAUGGAUGGGCCAGAGAACUUGGCUUAAUACGCAAACCUGCAUCAUUUAUGACAUCAAUUUGUGAUGAACGUGGGCAGGAAUUAUUAUAUGCAGGUAUGCCUGUAACUGAGGUUCUGAAGCAAAAUGUGGGUAUCGGUGGCGUUGUCUCACUUUUGUGGUUUCAACGUUGCUUACCUCUAACUUAUUGUAAAUUUCUUGAAAUGUCGCUGAUGCUCACGGCUGAUCACGGCCCGGCUGUUUCCGGAGCUCACAAUACUAUCGUCUGUGCACGUGCUGGAAAAGACUUGGUUAGCUCUCUCGUUUCAGGACUUCUGACAAUUGGAGACCGUUUCGGUGGUGCCUUAGAUGGUGCAGCUCGUAUGUUUUCCGAGGCAUACGAUACCGGUUUACAUCCGCAAGAAUUUGUAAAUAAUACACGUAAGAAGGGCGAACUGAUCAUGGGUAUUGGCCAUCGUGUUAAGUCAAUCAACAAUCCAGAUAUGCGUGUAAAACUUAUCAAGGAAUUUGUGUUGGAGAAUUUUCCGGCAAAACCUUUGGUCGAAUAUGCUCUAGAAGUUGAAAAAAUAACGACCAGCAAAAAGCCUAAUUUAAUUCUUAAUGUGGAUGGUAUUAUUGCUUGUUCUUUCGUCGAUAUGCUGCGAAACAGUGGUAGUUUUACGAGAGAAGAGGCGCAAGAAUAUAUUGAAAUAGGUGCCAUAAAUAGUUUGUUCGUCCUUGGUCGAAGUAUAGGAUUCAUCGGUCAUUACAUGGAUCAGAAAAGGUUAAAGCAGGGUCUUUACCGCCAUCCGUGGGAUGAUAUUUCUUAUGUACUACCUGAACAAUAUAAUUAAAUCAUUAAAUAAUGCAUAAUGAUAUAAUAUAUAACGUUUAAUGCCUCAUCGUUAAUCGCUCAGUCCAAAGACCGUCUUAAAAAUAAUUACGAGAGAAAAGCAUUAAUUGUUAAUCUGGAUCAUUGACAUUGAUUAAUUAUCAAUUGAAAAUGAUAUAUAUAAGAUUGGACUGUGGAUCACAUUAUGCGAUAAAAACAGUAUCCUUAUUUUUAAAAACAAAUUGUUAAUUUUAUUUUGUGACAUUGAUUAAUCACUCAUAAUUAGACAAUUUUAAGAUGCACAUUGUGAAAAGAUAUUAUAUGGCAAUAUAAUUACAUAAUUAUAGUUUUAUAAUUCAAUAUAAACAAAUAAAUUCUUUAAAAUGUUUGUCAAACAUUCCAUUAAUGUGCAUUUUUGUUCGAGUAGAUACUAGACGGUGAAAUUGGAGUGUUCAACGACUUAUUCAACUAAGUAACUAACAUGAUUUUAAUCGCAACUAUUUUAAGUAGAAACAUUAUUGUACCGCUUAUUAUUAUUGUUAGUUAUAUAAUUAUUAUAAUUAGUUAUAAUAAUAAUUAUAUACUACUAAUCAUGCACAAUUCUAAUUAUAUGGAUUAUAAAGAAAGUAGUAAAUAUAUAUUUAUGAAUGCUGCUUAA